AUGGGGGUCGGCAUCUCUGCACCCGGUACCUACGAAUGCCACCAGUGCCGCAAGAUCUACAAAUGGUACCGCGGGUUGCACAGACAUCUCGAAUACGAGUGCGGGAAGAUGCCGCGCUUCAAGUGCCCGCACUGUACUUACAUCGGCAAGCAUCGGUCGCACGUCUACUCGCACAUCAAGAAUCCGUUCCUGAAGUGGUCCAUGCAGGGUCCUCGUAACAUCGACUACAUCGAGAAUCUCUUGCCGCGCCAUCAAUGCCCGAAUUGCAAUCGCAGCUACAAACACCGCAGCCACAUGAUGCGGCAUUACAAAUACGAGUGCGGUGGUACGCAGCGAUUUGAAUGCCCGUAUUGCAAGCAUCACUUGCGGCAGCGUACGCACGUGUGGACGCACAUACGCACGUUUCAUCCGGAUUGUGAACUCUAUUGCAUCGAUAUCGUCACCAAUACGAGGCUCUCUUGGCAGGAAAUCCGUAGUGACUAA